AGCACAGAGAUGUCGCGUCUGGAGACCAGUGUGAGAAGGCCAGCUGCUGGACCACACGGAUAAAACCAGACAUACGAGAGGAAGACGUUUCUGUGUGUCUAAAAUCUAGUGUGCUGUUUUUGCUGUAAACUUCUCUUUUGCUCUUUUCUGCUCUUCAGGAACUCAAACAUCUGCAUCCAUCAGACUCAUUUCAUUCUUUUCUUAGCUAAUCUCGAAUUGAUUUGCAUUAUCUGCAUCUUUUUCAUUCAAUUAUAAAAGACCUGUUUGUUCUUCAUUUUGUCAGACUGGACAGUAUCAGACGACUCUUUAGGGAUUUCUGGCUUGAUCUCAGAAACUUCAUCAUAACUACUGUAUGUACGUUAAACUCAUGGUGUUUUGCACGGUCACUCGGCACAUUGGAUAUCUUCACGACCACCUCCACACAAGCAGAUUUCUCAAUGAUUUGAGUUGGAUUCUAUCCCACUGUGUGCCCACACCGACCCUCCGUUGAACCGCAGACGAAACAAAAGCUCACAUUGAAGUUGUCAGAGUCGGUCAGGAUGUGUUGGGUCUAGUCGUAGAGGUUCACUGAACGAGAUUUAGAUGAUCUGGACUGUAUGUGUUUACCUGUGUGAGUGACUCUGGAACACGGCCAUGGGGAACGCAGCGGGGAGUCUGGAGAUGUCCCCGGCACGGGAUGUUAAACGGCCAUUCAGCGCGAAACAGGCACAGGCCCCUAAACUCCCCAUCCCACCUGAGGAGGAAUUAGAGGAGAGAUUCAACAUUGUGCUGAAUUCUAUGAAUCUUCCACCUGAUAAAGUCAAACUGCUCUGUCAAUAUGACAAUGAGAAAAAAUGGGAAUUAGUUUGUGACCAGGAACGCUUCCAGGUAAAGAAUCCUCCUUCUGCUUACAUCCAGAAACUCAAGGCCGUAUUAGACCAGGGUGGAGGCAGAAAGUUUAAGAGGCGAGUGCAGGAGUCCACGCAGGUCCUGAGAGAGUUAGAGAUCUCGCUGCGCACCAAUCACAUCGGAUGGGCUCAGGAAUUUUUAAAUGAAGAAAAUAAGGGCUUAGACGUGCUUGUCGAUUACCUCUCUUUUGCUCAACGUGCUGUCACAUAUGACAUGGACGGCUCUGAUAAUGGAAGUUUUGAUGAGAAAUCUGUGGAAGAUCUGACCGUGAGUGCAACAAACUCCCCUACCCACAAUUCCCCGCGCUCAGGACGGCCCUUCGCCACAAGAAAAGCUCUGCGUUACUCUCGACUGCUCAGCCAGAAGAAUCACCUUCACCUGUGUAUCCUGUGCCUGCGUGCCAUCAUGAAUUACCAGUUGGGCUUUAAUGAGGUGAUGGCUCAUCCCAGCUGUGUCAAUGAACUCGCCCUCAGUCUCAACAACAAGAGUGUCAGGACCAAAGCUUUGGUUCUGGAGCUCCUGGCGGCGCUGUGUCUGGUCAGAGGAGGACACCAAAUGAUUAUUGCUGCCUUUAGUCAUUUCAAAGUGGUGUGUGGAGAGAAGAACCGGUUUGAAAAACUAAUGGAAUAUUUUAGAAACGAAGAGAGCAACAUUGAUUUCAUGGUGGCGUGUAUGCAGUUUAUCAACAUUAUAGUGCACUCUGUAGACAACAUGAACUUUAGGGUGUAUUUACAGCAUGAGUUUACACAACUGGGACUAGACAGUUAUCUGGAGAGGUUAAAUGCAACUGAAAGCGAGAGACUGCAGGUACAGAUUCAGGCGUAUCUUGAUAACAUGUUUGAUAUCGGAGCAAUGUUAGAGGACACAGAGGCCAAAAACACACUAAUGGAACAUCUGGAAGAGCUACAGGAAGAAAACACACAGCUCAUCUUCAGAAUGCAGCAGUGUGAGAAUGAGGCCGAGAAGACGACGUCUGAACACCAGAAAGAGGCGGAACUUCUGAAGGAAAGUCUGAAGGGGGCGUGUGCUCAGGUCUCCCAGCUGCAGCAGAGAGAGAAAGAAAGAGCGAGAGACAUUGAGAAAGACAGACAGAGCUCUGCCAAAGCUUUGAGCGAGCUGGAGAGGAUCGCUCAGGUUCUGGAGGACAGAGGUCUGAUUCGCAUGGAAAGAUCAGACUCCGGCUCUCUAGAUGUACACGUCAUAGCUGCCACUAACACUGAUGAUAAGACUACUUCAGAAAAUUCUAAGACCUCACCUCUGAAAGAAUCACAGCCUCAGGUUCAAGCUCCGCCCCCAGCCCCUCCACCACCAGUCUUCAAUGCCCCUCCUCCUCCUCCACCCCCUAUGAGUUUAGCUCCGCCCCCUUCACCUUUACCUGUGAGGGCAGGUUCAAUAGUGACAGGUGUUAAAGGCAAGAAGCCGAUCCACACUAAAUAUCGUUUGCCUCUGCUAAACUGGCAGGCUUUAAUGGCAGAACAGGUGGCUGGGACCAUCUUCACUGAACUGGAUGAUGAAAGUGUUCUUGGGGAGCUCAACAUGGAUGUCUUUGAGGAGAUGUUUAAGACCAAAGCUCAAUCUGCUCCUGUUGAUGUCGGGACUCUGAAGAUAAAAGUGACUCACAAAGCAUCAAGUAAAAUCUCCCUACUGGAGCCCAACAGGGCCAAAAAUCUGGCCAUCACGCUGCGCAGAGGAGGCAUGAGCGGAGCACAGAUCUGUGAUGCCAUAGAAACAAUUCAGCAUGCAGGGAUUCUAUGGGGUGUUUAUCCCAUUUGGAGUAAUCUGUCAGACACUGUGGAGCCCAAACCUCGCAGCCAUAUAGAGCUAUAG